GGCUGUUCAGUGCUUCUUGGUGGAGCAGCAAGCGGACAUUGAUGUACUAACUAGUCAUUAUGCAUCCGCCACGCACUUCUGAUACUGCCACUACAAACCUCAUUCAAAUGCUUCCGUAUUCUGCCACCAUCGACAGCUUCACCUCAUCAACACCAUGUCUAAGCGCCCAGUGUCUGGCACCGACGACGUCAGGCAGCCCAAGAAGCAGCAACAAGAAGAGAUUGAGGUUGACGUCUGAUCGCUGGGUCUUCUUUGUCCCUCUCGGUGCCGCUUUCAUAUUGAGACAAAGGCGUGAAAGUACUUGUGGUUCUCUAGAAAAGCAUUCUGACUCUCCCUCGUCGUCAACAUUUAUGUUCUAAACCGUAGGCGUUGAAGUAAUAGAUACUGCUGAGACUUCUUGAGGUGAGUAUUCUAAUCCCCUCCUAUCAUCAAUGUAGAUGCACUUCGGUGCUUUCGUAUUAUCAGAAUGACCAUCGUCCCCGGAAGCGCUUCGUUUCCUUGAGGUCGAAGGGCUGGCAUCGUCGUUGGGUGGUGCCGAUCUAUUUCCUUGGGAAGCUUGGGCUGCGGGCAAUAGCAUUUGUGUCGUUCCUUUGCAAUUCACUUCGCGCGUGCAACUCUGGUGGCGCGCCUCAAAUUUGGUUUGGUGGUUCUGCGUUCGCGCAGCUUUGCCCACUCAAAAUUUACUGCGAGGGUUGAAGCGUGUGCAAGUUUGCGUGAGCAACAAUCUGCCUACGCAGAUUUGAGUGGGCGAUCAAUUUCGUACGCUGAAAAUCGUACGCGGAUUUGUGCUGAGGCUAGCACCACUUGCUCCAGAACAAAU